AUGAAGAAGAAGGCAAGAGCAUCAAGGAGAUCAUUCAGAUUCAGCAGGAAUGUAACGGCACAGUCAAGACUGCCCAAGAACCCUUCAAAGAUCAACAAGAAGACGACAACAACAGAGAGCGUUAAUGCCUUGGCAGAGUAUCAGGUGGGCGCAGCAGCAUUUUAUUUCUAUCAGCACUAUGAGAUCUUCCCGCAGGGCAAGUGGUUCGAGGUGAAGGUGUUGGACGUUGGCGACGAGACCACACCCAAGCACGCGACAAACAACACCCUGCCCACCGAGCCCAAGAACAUCGACAGCGUCAAGGGACCCAAGUACAAGGUGGUCAUGUUCAACAUGAACAAGACCAAGGGUUUCUGGGUCGGUGCGGACGAGCUCAAGCGCGAGAUGGGUGUCGGUCAGGAGGUCUGGGAGUUCAGUGCUGACCCCGAGGAGGAGCAGCAACCCGUGGUCCACAGCCACCACAAUCACCACCACCACCUCCAAGGCCCACCCACUCAAACAGUCAUUCAGACACAGAUGGUCAUCAUGUCGACGGCCGGACAGGACACUGUUGGCAAGAUUGUAGAGUCAGUGCUGCAGUCAACAGAUCGUGUCAAGUUGCAGCUGUGGCUGGAGGCCAAGCUCGACACAAUGACGCCCAAUCCCAACAUCAAGUUCCCAACAUUUGUGCAGUCGACUGCCAAGACUGAGCCUGGCACAGUGGCACGCGAGUCACUCGCAUCAAUACCGGCAUUCUCAGCGGACUUUCUCAAUGUUGGAUCAAUGUCUGUGGUGGCCAAGCAGAAGUGCUUCUUUGAAUACAUCUCAUCGAUCUUUGAGGAAAAGGACUUCAUAUCGAACUACAACUCGAUCUUUGGCAGCUGUCAGUACAUCUCAGACAUCAAUGACAGGUCCAUCAUCACACUUCUCUUUGACAAUGUUCUAAAGGCUGCCGAACAAACAGUCACAACACUCCUAACAAAGGACAUUAUCAUCAAGAAGGCACCAUCAAGCAUCACUUCCACGAUCAAAGAGAAGCCAGCGAUCACAUAUCCCCAUCCACAUCCACAUCCACAGCCUCAGAUAUCUCAAACUGCAACAACAACUAUGAGAGCGACACAAAUGCCCAACAACAAAACAAACAUCACAACUCCUGCCGUAGGGACGCCGCAGGCAACUCAGACAAGACCACAACAACCACAACCACAACAACAACCUCCUCAGAGUAAACCAAUGGCAACAACAACGACGACUACAACUCAGCCAGCUCCAGCUCCAUCACCAACGGUCCCUGCACCCUCUUCGACUCCAGUAGCAACGCCACCAGCACCAGGUGGUGCUACCCCUGUACUAUCCAAACAACCUGCAGUAACAUCAACAACUUCUACAACACAAACGACGACUACUGGCACAGCAACAAUUACACAGACAUUGGCCAAGCCAAUGGCCACGACCACGACGACACAACAAGUUACAACAGCACCAGCAGCACCAGCAGCAGCUAAGCCAAUGGCAACUACGACGACACAGCCAUCAGCAUCAGCAGCAGCAGCAGCGCCAAUGAUAUCAAAACCAAGUCCGAACUCGGUUCCUCCCACAACAGCGACAACAGCAGCACCAAGACCCAUUGGUGCUACUGCACAACCUCCAACUCCACAGCCACCACCUCCAACCACUCCAUCCACAUUAAAGAGCAGUCCACAGCCUAUUACGAGCCAACCCAAGGCAGCAGCUCUGACGACCAACACCAACAUAGCCGCGACAACAUCAACGACAACAACAGCACCAACACUAUCAUCAUCUUCACAACCUCUACCAGCAUCAUCAUCGAUCCAGAAGCAACCAGCUAAACCAGCUGGUACUACUCAACCGCCACCUGCACCAGCAGGUGCCUCAACGCAGAAGCCAAUUGCUGCCUCUCCAUCCCAACAACCACCACCAUCAAUAUCAACGCCAACUACACCAAUGCCGACAUCAUCCCCUGUUUCAAAACAACAUUCAACUGGCACACCAGCAAUGCCCAACACUGCGCCAGUCAAGAAGGGAACUAUUCAAGGGCCACAGGUGAUCAUAAAUGCAGCUGGUCAAAAGAUAUACACCUGUCCAUGUUGCAUUCACAAGAACCCACCAAAGGUACCUCCACCCUCAAACAUUCAGCAACAGGUGGCCAAGCCAAGGCCAGCCACAUCAACAACGCCUGGCGCACCUACAACAACAGCACCUGGCACGGUCAAGCCACCAGCACCAGCAGCAAGUCCACAGACCCCUCAGACCACUUCAUCAAAGGUUGCACCGACUCAGCAGACUACGACAGGUGCAGCUGUAGCACGUCCCCAGACAGGACCAACGACUGGCACUGGCCCAAGCACUGUUCCAUCGGCAAUGUCCAAGGGUCCUCCAACACCAGUAGGACAACCGACAAUGGUGUCAAAGCCAAUGGCAAAGCCAUCCUCCUCCAUAACCACAGCAGCUCCUUUGGCCAAUGGACAAGGAACGACCCCUAUCCCGAUCAAGACACAACCUGGCUCAUCCACAACCGCGACUACACCUACACCUCCUUCAUCUUCCACCAUCACAUCCUCAUCUACGCCACCUGUAAAAACCCUUAACACUACAACAACAUCGACAACAAUAGCGACGUCCAACAACAACAACGCCGCCACAACCACCACCACUCAUGUAUAUCCACACGCUGGCACAUCCACAACCUUCAAUAUCCUCUUCAAUCCAGAGAAGAGCCACGCACCAUAUAAGCUAUUCAUUGGUAAACGAGAACUGCUACUAGAGUGCAGGCGACUACUCCGUCUACAAUGUUCAAGGAUCAGUGACCUCAACAAGCAGAACAUUGAAAGCGAGAAGGAUACGAUAGAGGUGAUCAAUCGAAUGAAGGAACUCAUCAAAGAACUCUCGGACUACAAGUUCCUGUUGCUAGAGACUGCAUCUGAGCGCUACACAAUAUUCAAGCAAUCGAUUGGAAUUGAAUAA